GCGGACUUACGGUGUGCACACGCACAGAGAGAUGAAAUGUGGCCAAGAGGUGCCAAUCAGUCCUGAGCUGGUGGAAGAGGCCAAAUCAGGUUUGCAUGAACUGCCAUGCACGCUUUGGGGUUAUGCAACUCCGGCGAAAGCACCACUGCCGAAGAUGUGGCAAGGUGUUUGGAAAGAGUGGUUUGCAGCACUUGCUCCAGGUCAAGGGAACUGGUACUUGAGUACCAUCCUGCAAAACCUCAAAGAGCAAGCCCGGCAAGUUUGCAAUAGUUGCGUUGCUGCUCCUCCAAUUGCAGAGAAUCCGGAGGAGGCUGCAUCGGCAGCUCUGGAGGCGGUAAAGGCAGGAAAGCAUGCGAAGCCUCUCAGUGCAGCUUCGUUGUGUGGAAUGCCUGUACCAUCCUGUGAUGAGCAUCGGGAGUUCGCAACUUUGCAGGUACGCGUGAUUGAAGCGAAAGGCUUGCUGGCUGCUGACUUCAAUUUGGUUUCAAAAAAGAGUUCAGAUCCGUAUUGCCUUCUUCGAGUCGGGCAUGGGGUGCAGGUGAGGACUUGUACUGUUGGUGCCACGCUCGAGCCUCGCUGGGAUGUAACGACAGCCUUUCGCGUGAGUAGACUAGAUUCCUUUUUGCAUUUGGAGGUGUGGGACGAGGACACCGCAACCAGGGAUGAUGCCCUUGGCUUUCUCGACCUAUCUUUGGCUAAAGUGCCCCUCUCGAGACCCUUCCGCGGCUGGGUUCCGCUUCGACCGCCGGAGGCGCAGCCACUGCCGGGGGAGGAUGCAAGGAAGACUCCAGCCACUGGUGCGGGUGCCGUUCUCUUGGAGGUGCAGAUGCUGGACGUCAAGCCAGUGAGGCGGUUCCAGGCAUUUGUGUCGCCGUUGCCGCCAGUCCCUCCACCGUUACCCCAUUUUGACAUUGAUGCAGUAUAUGGUCCUGCAAUGCAUUUGGUAGACUUGAUUUGGAGUCGUUUCCUAUCUCCGAUUCUGUUCUGGAUCCUAGAUUUAAUAUUCUGGGCAAGUCCAACGCGAACAUUGUUUGCGCUGAUUCUAUGGAACGUCGGUGCGAAGUAUUGCCUUGAGCAUUAUCCUGCUUUUUUUCCGCUUGGUCUUCUUUGCUUUAUGCUGCGCCAUUACUUUCACGAGAAAGAAGAGGCCGUGCGUGCGAAACGGCCAACCUUGGUGCGAAAACGAACCGCUCCAGCCAUCCUAGAGGCUGGCAGUGAACAUGGAGCUUUGUCACGACAGGAUAGUCGGCAUGCGGACUAUGAUGAGGCUCAACUUGGAAGCGCAGUUCAAAGUCUGUGUUUUGUUCUCCCGGGCUCAGUCAAGGACCUUUGUCGCGGGCUUCAACCGCUCCUUCGCACUGCUGCUGAUGGUGUCCAGACCAUCCACGACAUCUUUGUUUGGGAUCACGAUGCAAGCCCCUUUGCAGCGAUUGCGCUCCUGCUUUGGGCGGUCCUCGCUGAGGUGCUUCGCUUUGACCUGUAUCUCAUGCUGAUUGGGUCCAGCAUUCUUCUUGCUUGCUCGCCCCUGCUACCUGCCGUGUCAGGAUUUUCUGCAUAUUUGAGCCUGCUCCGCGCCAAAACUCAGCCAGAGGAGUGGGGAAUGCGCAGUGAGUGUGCAGAGGAGUGGCUGAGCAAGGACUACUUGGAUGUGAAGGGUUUGGCCAGUGCCUCCACUUCAGGCUCUCCAUCACGGCAGCGACUUCGCCAUGGCAAGACGAUGCCAGUCCUUUCCCCUUCCAAGGCUGCGGAGAGAAGUGCACAUUGA